AUGGGUAUGUCUUUAAUCAGAAUCGAGGGAUAUAGAUUCACUUGGGGGAAUAACAGGGAAGAAGAGGGAUAUGUUGAAGAAGUCCUGGACAAAGCCUUUGGCUCUUUGAGUUGGAUGACUGCUCACCCUCAGGCAAAAGUCACUAAUAUUUUCAGAAGUUCAUCUGAUCAUGGGAUGUUGCUGCUGCAUAGUGAGAAUGGUGACAAAACUCAUAAAGCCCGGUUUGUUUUUUACAAGAGAUGGAUUCAAAGGAGAGACAUCACAGAGGUGGUGAGUACAGUAUGGAGGGAAGCAGAAUCAGGUACUCCAUUCUUUAUCCUNAAAACAAGGAUGGCAUUAAGCAAUUGGAGCAGGAACUUUAGGGCAGACAACAAGAGGAAUAUUAAGAGUUUGGCAAAGGGACUGUACAAGGAAAUCAGAAGUGGAAGAGAGACAAAGAUACUGGAUCACAGCUGGGUGCCUUCACUUCAACAUAAGAGCCCAAAACCUCUGAACAGUGAGAAUGAAGACUUGAUUUGGGUUCAUGAUAUGAUAAAUGAAGAUGGAAGGCACUGA